AUGAGCGACAUAGACAACGAGGUGCGCAAUUCGUUCCGCAGUGCCCUGCUCGACCUCCGCAGCAUCGACGUGGCUUCUGUGGGUGCGGUUCAGAGCUUGGCUGGUGACCUCGUCGACCAUGCCGCGGUCGUCCUCGAGGUCAUUGUACAGCACUUGAAGGUCUGCAAGCCAAAGUAUGCUCUGCCAUCGUUCUGCUUGAUUGAUGCUAUUCUCAAGAGAGUUGGUCAGCCGUACAUCGAUCUGGUGGCUGCGGACGUGGAGCAUUGGCUGCCUACCAUCUUUGCUCGCCUCGACUACGAUGCUCAGAUCGUCGCCCUCAAGAUCCUCAGGGUCUGGUCCGAGAGGAAGACGUUCGAACAAGUGUUUGUGGACAAGCUCAUGGCCCUUGUCGAGCCGUACAAGCUCAUUGCCUUUGAUCAGCUGCCCAAGAAAAAGCCUACUCGUUUUGGCCCCUCGUCGGCAGAGUUGCUGGCCGCAGGCGCGGGCUCGCGGCAGGACUUUGCUGCAGACGCGCUCCGUGCCCAGGCCAAUCCGGUCGCCAUGGAGCUGCCGCGCCCUAUCUCGGUCUGCCCUGGUCCCCCGUCGCGCUCAGUCCUUGCCCGCCACAACUACGGCCUGCCGCCGCGGACCGAGCGCAUCGCUCCGCAUGCCGUCCGGCUCGACGCCGUCACCGCCGCCGCCACGCGCAUCGACUAUCUGAUCGACCAGCUCGCCAAGUGGUUCCGCUCGCCGACAGCAUUCAUACCUCGUCCCGACGGCGCACCUUCGCUCGACCCAGCCCUUGCCGCGCCUGCACCGUCGGCCGGCUCGACCGGCGCGCCCACGCAAGCUGCAGCCUCCUCGGCGCCGUCGGCCGGCGCGCCCGACCUCCUCUCCAAACUCUCGUCGCUCCUCUCGUCGGUCUCGUCCAAGACCGGCAGCGCACCGGCUGUUCCGCCGCAGGCCCAGCCGCAAGCCCAGCCGUUCCAGCGGAUGCCUCCGGCGGCGGCGCAGCCUUACCCGGGCCCGCCGCCGUCGUUCCCGGCGGCAGCCCAGCCGUAUCGUCCGCCGCCGCCGCAGCAGCAUCCCCCGCCGCAGAUGCGGCCCGGCCCGCCGGGCCAGAGCAUGCAUCCACUCGAUGUCAUGGCCCGCAACCGCCAGGCUGCCAUGCAUCGCCCGCCACAGCACAUGCAACGCCACCGCCCGCCUCCCGGCCCGCCGCGUCUUGCACCUGGCCCGCAGCUCCCACCGCCGCAAUUCCCGGCUGGCAUUCCGCGCGGCCGCCGCCGUCCGCUCCCCGGCCCGCCGCGCCCACAGAUCCGCCCUCAAGCCCGCCCACAGCAACCGCUCCGUCCGCUCCCGCCUCGCGACGUCAAGCCCAGCGUCGCCGCUCUCCCCCCACCACCAGGCACCGCCCGCGCAGGCCCGCCGGCCUCGGCCAAGGACCUGCUCUCCAAGGCCGCCCUCCGCCGCCCGGUCGACUUUAUCGUCAAGCGCCUCUACAACACCGCUGCCAAGCAGUGCCCAACCUGCGGCAUGCGCUUUGUCGACCACUCCAAGCUCGACCCGCACAUGGACUUUCACUUUCGCCGCAACCAGCGCCUUGAGCGCCGCGGUGCAAACUCGCUCGCCCGCGCCUGGUUCCUUACCCCGCCCGAGUGGCGGGCCUCGGCCGGCGAUGACUCGCGCGUUGUCACCACAAAGGCCGCCUUCUUUGCAGAGCCCGAGUCAUCGCAGCCCGCGCUAGCAAGCGUCGCCGGCGACGCCGUACCCGCAGCUUCAUCUGCUGCCGUCGCAUCUGCCACGCCUGCCGCGCCGUCCGAUCCCGACGACGACCCCUCGCUCGACGUCGUCGCCGACGAAGACAACCCGAACUGCGGCUUGUGCGGCGGUAAGUUUGAGAACCGCUGGGACGAGGACGAGGAGGAAUGGCGCGCCAUCGGUUCGUGCAUCCUGCCCGGCCGCCAGGGCCUCUUCCACCGCUCGUGCGUCGCCCAGGCCAACAUCGGCUCCACCGUUGUUGUCCCGGCCGCCGGUAAUAGCGCCGGCUCUGACUUUGUCACUCGCGUCGCCAAAGUCGACCUCUCCAACAUGUUCUCGUCCGCGGCCUCGACCGCCACUCCUGCCGACACCCGCAAGCGCACCCGCGCGGCCGAUGAGCCGACCGACCCGCGCAAGCGCGCAAAGCCACUUUCUUCGUAA